AUGCACACGUACCUCUCCCCGAGAGUCAGUGCUAUCCUUUGCUCACAAGCAACCAAGCACUUCUUGCUCAGAUCCAUUCUAUUCUCCACCUUGCCCUGUACUCGUGCUUCUCUGUUCUUGCGAGUCCCUGGUGUUCCAAUGGCGGCGGUGGUGGCCACCAUGGUGGUCGGACCACUGGUCAAGAUCGUGAUGGAGAAGGUGUCCGGGGAGCUCCUCCGCCAGUAUAAGGUGAUGAAGGGCUUGGAUAAGCAACAUGAUAUCUUGAAGCGCAGACUGCUUCUCAUCCUAGAUAUCAUCACCGAUGCCGAGCAAACGGCAGCCGACCCUGUGCAGGCGGCAACCCGUCGUGCAGGGGCGGCGUCUUGGCUCGAGGCCAUCAAGAAGGUGGCUUACCAGGCAAAUGAAGUCUUUGAUGAGUUCAAGUACGAGGCACUUCGCCGUAAGGCCAAAAAGGAGGGACACUAUGACGACCUUGGCUUCAGUAUGGUAAAACUCUUUCCCACCCACAACCGUUUUGUAUUCUGUAACAGGAUGGGGAGAAAGCUCGGCAAGGUUGUGCGGGCCAUUGAGCUCCUUGUGACCGAAAUGAAUAACUUCGGUUUUAAAUAUCAGCAACAACUGCCGGUAUCCAACCAGUGGCGGCAGACAGAUCAUGUUAUAUUCGAUCCAAAGGGAAUUGCCCAGAGAUCGAGAGAGAAGGAUAACAAGAUUAUUGUUGAUAUACUAGUUGGGCAAGCUAACAACACAGAUCUUACAGUUGUUCCCAUCAUUGGAAUGGGGGGUCUGGGAAAGACUAUGUUGGCACAACUUGUUUACAAUGAACCUAAAAUCGAUAAUCACUUCGAUUUGUUGCUAUGGGUGUGUGUCUCUGACAGUUUUGAUGUGGAUUCUCUGGCUAAAAGUAUAGUUGAAGCAGCUCCCGAGAAGAAUUAUGAUGGUACAGAAGCAGCAGUUCCUUCCAAAAGGAAGAACACACCACUGGAUAUCCUUCAGAAUCUGGUGAGCAAACGAAGGUACCUCCUUGUAUUGGAUGAUGUUUGGACACGAGAGGUUCGUAAAUGGGAAAAGCUCAAGACCUGCCUUGAACAUGGUGGCAAGGGUAGUGUGGUCUUGACAACAACUCGUGAUGAAGGAGUUGCGGAAAUAAUGGGUAGUGUUGAAGCUUAUAAUCUCGGAGCUUUGGGAGGAGAAUACAUAAAGGAAAUUAUCGAGACAACAGCAUUCAGCCGUUUCAAGAAGGAAGUGGAAAGGCCCGCCGUGUUGGUGAAUAUGGUUGAUGAGAUUGUGAAGCGAUGUGCUGGCUCUCCUUUAGCUGCAAUAGCGUUGGGCUCCGUACUGCGUAACAAGACCAGUGAGGAAGAAUGGAAGGAUGUAUCAAACAGAAGCAGCAUUUGCACUGCGGAGUCUGGAAUCUUACCGAUACUCAAUCUCAGUUACAAUGAUUUGCCGCAGCAUAUGAAGCAAUGCUUUGCUUUUUGUGCUAUAUUUCCCAAAGAUUACAAGAUUGAUGUGGACAAACUAAUACAACUAUGGAUUGCACAUGGCUUUAUUCUUGAAGAGAAACAAGUUCGUCUUGAAACCAUUGCCAAACAGAUUUUUAAUCAACUGGCAUCAAGGUCAUUCUUUCAGGAUGUUAAACAAGUCCAAGCCACAGCUGAUGAAAUUAAUUACAGCAAGUCUUGUUAUUCCAGAACUACAUGUAAAAUCCAUGAUCUUAUGCAUGAUGUUGCAUUGUCUGUAAUGCAGAACGAAUGUGCCUUGGGAACUGAGGAAUCAUGUCGGAGUGAGUGGCUUCCAAACACCGCUCGACAUAUAUUUCUGUCAUGCACGGAAGCAGAAAGAAGGUUGAAUAGUUCUCUGGAGAACAGCUCUCCAGCUAUCCACACAAUUCUCUGUGAUGGUUAUAGUUAUAUGGAAUGGUCAUUGCAGCAUCCAUCAAAAUACAGCUCUUUGCAAGCAUUACAACUCAGGUUGCAAACAUCAUCAUUUCCGCUGAAACCAAAGCAUCUACAUCACCUGAGGUACCUAGAUCUCUCAAGAAGUUUAAUCAAAGCACUUCCUGAAGAUAUGAGCAUUCUAUACAACCUGCAAGUGUUGAACCUCUCUGGAUGCACAUCUCUUUGUGAACUUCCAAUACAAAUGAGGUAUAUGACUGCCCUUCGUCACCUUUACACUCAUGGUUGUCCAAUGCUAAAGAGCAUGCCAAGAGACCUCAGAAAACUCACAUCCCUUCAGACACUUACAUGCUUUGUAGUAGGUAGUGGCUCUAAUUGCAGUAAUGUUGGAGAGCUCGAGAAUUUGAAACUUGGUGGUCAACUAGAGCUAUGUCAUCUACCGAACGUGACUGAAAAAGAUGCCAGCACGGCAAACCUCGUGAACAAGGAGCUAAGGGAACUGACAUUAAAAUGGACUGUUGAACAAGAUUUUUGUGAAACUCGCUGUCGAGUUGAUGAAAAUGAUGCAAGAGUGCUUGAGAAACUCAAACCUCAUGAUGGACUGCAUACUAUAAGGAUACACUUGUAUGGAGCCACCACCUUUCCAACAUGGAUGGCAAGUUUGCAAAAUAUUGUUCAGAUCCAUCUUUUCUCUUGUAUAAAACUGCAAUGGUUGUUCAGCCAUGACAGUAAUACAUCCUUCGCAUUUCCAAAUCUGACAGAGCUUACGUUACGAAGCCUCGAUAAUUUGGAGAGAUGGUGGGCAAUGGAUAAUGAUGAGAUGCAAGGAGAGAUAAUCUUUCCUCGGCUUGAGAAAUUGUUUAUUAGUUUCUGUAAGAAGCUGACAGUAUUACCAGGACAUCCGACCUUCCCUAACCUUCAGAAUGCUCAUAUUGAGGCAUGUCCAGAGUUGACAACUAGAGCUAAAUCACCAAAGCUCAGUGUAUUGAAGACGGAAGGAUGUGAGGCAGAGUUGUUCCUGUGGGUAGCUAGACAUAUGACUUCAUUGACCAAUCUGAAACUGAAAAGCCUUGAAUACAACACAGAAACUAUCUUGACUGAGGCUGAGCAUGGUCUGAGGGAAGUUGUGGACGGCAAGGAAAAACGGAAUGAUCAUGAUUUUCCUCUGGCAGUUUUGGAGUUAGACCGAAUUAAGUACUCAGGUGUAAUAGAGCUGUGUGCAUGUUUUGUACACCUUCAAGAUUUGUCAAUUCAGCGGUGUGAUGGGCUCGUCCACUGGCCAGAAAAGGAGUUCCAAGCAUUGGUAUCCUUGAGGAGGCUUGUGAUCUACGGGUGUGAUAAUCUCAUUGGAUAUGCACAAGCUCCUGCCGAGCCAUCAACUUCAUCAGAAACAAGUCAGUUCCUGCCACAUCUAGAGUCUCUGGAGAUAAAAUUUUGCGGAAGCCUGGUUGAGGUCUUCAAUGCCCCUGCCUCUCUCAAGAGAAUGGAAAUUCUUUCUUGCAGUAAGCUUGAGUCCAUAUCCUGCAGGAGGUUGCAGCCAGAACAGUCGGCAUUGUCAAUUAAUCAAGUCUCAUCUAGUAUACCGGAUGCAUCAUCAUCAUCGCCCGGAGCUGGAGUGGAGCAUUUAGAAAGCCUAACAUUAUUCAGGUGUCAUGGCUUAACAGGGGUCCUCCAUCUUCCCCCUUCCCUGACGUAUCUAAAAGUUUUUGAGUGUGAAUGGUUGACAUCUCUGGAAUCUAGCUCCGGAGAGCUCCCAUCGUUGGAGAUUCUUGAGCUUCUGGAAUGCAAGACCCUUUCAUCCCUACCGGAUGGGCCACAAGCAUACGCAUCUCUCCGAUGUCUUCGCAUUAGAGACGUCCCUGGCAUGAAGACGCUUCCUAUGAGCCUGCAGCAAAGGCUGGGCAGCAUCCAGACGAAACACAUAGAUGCCCAUCUUUAUGAAGCAGAGACGCCAAGGCCUGUCCCUACCCUGUUGAAACCAAAGACAUGGAAAUAUGCCAUCUGCAAUAAUUAG